AUGACAGGAUUAUCUCAGCAUAUCCAAAAAGUCCUUGGGAAGGUGCCAUCUCUCUAUCACGGACCUGGUGGGGCCGUUGCGGUACUGAGGGACGGUGAACUCGUUGGCCAACAUGUUUGGGGCUACGCAAACCUCGAACAAAGGAUACCCAUGGAGAGCUCUACACUCAUGCCGAUCUGCUCGAUUACGAAACAAAUGCUAUGCAUGAUCCUAGUGGACCUCGAACGCAACCCUACCCCGGAGAUAGCGAAACGGGGAGACGUGCGCCAGCAGCUAGCAGACAGUCUGAAAGAGGUAGUCAAAGUGGAGAUUCUUGAACAUACUGGACUAGAUAUUGAAGACCUCUGCAACAAUCAGUCCGGAAUUCGCGACUACUGGGCCAUGUCCAUGUUUUGGGGUACUCAGCCGGACGGAGUAUUCACACUGUCUGAAGAUGCCAAGAAAGCGCUUGGUCGGACAAAGUCGCUGCAUUUCCAGCCAGGAACACAAUACGCUUACUCCAACCUCAAUUUCCAUAUUCUCGCUCGCGUUAUUGAGAGAGUGGCGGGGUCCACGAUUGAGGAUCUCCUGACCGAGCGGCUGUUCUCUUCCGCCCGCAUGUUGACUGCCGCGUUUUGCGAAGAUAAUGCACAUCUCCCUAGACCUUGUGUUGGAUAUGAAGGCAAUGGGUCAUUUGGUUUUAUACCGGCUGUCAAUCGUGUUCAGUGGUCUGGCGACGCGGGUGUGGUAGCUUCGCUGGAAGACAUGAUUGCUUAUGAGCAGUACUUGGACAAGUCCUGGUUUGAAGAGCAGAGUCUCUAUCGCGCAAUUGCAGAACCACCGUUGUUCAAGGAUGGGACGCCUGCAAGAUAUGGACAUGGCCUGGCUCAUGUGAGAGUUGGAGGUGUCGAUACAAUUGGUCAUGGAGGCUCCCUGCGAGGGUUCUGUCUGCAUAGACUCCAAGCACCAUCCGAACGUUUGGCGAUUGUGGUCAUGCUCAACCAUGAAAUCGAUGCUGAGAUCAUAGCUGAGUAUAUUAUGAAAGAUGUUCUUGAUUUAAAUCAACCGAAUUCAUCAACCACUGGUGAUUUCGGGGUCAGCCAUAGCUGGCUUGGGACAUUUUUCGAUCCCGAGGCUCAACUAGCCCUGACUGUCCGCGAAGACGGCCCUAAUCGUGUGAGCAUCCGCUACGCAGACCACGAUGAAACGGCGGUUCUCUUUGAUGUGAAUAAGGCAAGCUCAGGAACGAUGUCCGCAAUCUUCAGUGAUGAUUCGAUUCAGCUUCAUCGCCAAGAUGAUAACCGAGUCGUCAACGCGAGGCGCAUCCGGAAACCCGAGGAGCAGAUCAAGACAGAUUAUGUUGGACAAUAUCGGUGUGCUGAGAUUGAUUCAGUCUUCACCUGCUCUGGAACAGGAGGCAUGUUGUAUGGAUCGUUUGAGGGCUUCUUGGGCCAUGGCCCUAUGCACUUAAUGCGAUAUCUAGGGGAGGAUAUCUGGUUCCUCACGUGUCCGCGAGGUCUAGAUGCUCCUGCACCUGGAGAUUGGACUGUUGUCUUUGAGCGGGAUGAGAAUGGUGCAAUUGUCAGCGUUGUCAUGGGCUGUUGGCUGGCAAGGAACGUCCAGUUUGACAGGCUAUAA